AUGCGUAGGCAAAAUAAUCUAGUAAAACGGAAGAGCAAAUUCGAUGGAUAUCGUGAGAAACUACAAAAAGGUGAAUCGCUGAAGGAAGAACAAAAGAAAGCCGUGGAGAGUUAUGACGUCGUUGUACAAAACAUUUCGUUUGUGCAGGAAGUAGUGAAUCAAGGCAAAGGUCUCAUUUCAAACAUGGAAGCGAUGAGUGAAAAACUGAUGUCCCAGAUUGAGGCGGAACAUGAAAGGCAUACACUUACACAUAUGAGUGUCCAAUUGUGCUUGCAACGUUUUCUUUAUUCUCUGGAUAUACCGACAGUACGUUCAGCUGUGGUAAAAUCUUCAUCAGAAAGUAGUCUCAAACUGCUUGACGCAUUGCGAAAUCUUAUGACACCACCGGUGGUUGACAAUUGGCCAGGAUUUUCCAGAAACGGUAACUGUGCGUUAGUUGCCAAAUAUUUAAAGAAAUAA